AUGAAUUGGUUCAACUCUCUACCCAUAGGGUCCAUUAACACCUUCGCUCGGCUAUCUACUCGGUUCACCAACCAAUUCGCCAUCAACAAGCAGUAUGCCAAGACCCCAGCUCACCUUUUCUCUGUAGUACAGAGAGAUAACGAAACGCUCUGCAACUACAUUAAGCGUUUCGUAGAAGCCGUCCAUGAAGUUCCCAGUGUAGGGCAAGACAUGCUCUCCGGGAUUAUGCAGCAAAACCUGAAACCGGGUAGAUUCAAAGAAUCUAUCGCCGGAAGACCCCCAGGCAAUCUAGAGGAGUUACUGAAUCGAGCUGAAAAGUACGUCCGGAUAGAGGAAGCCUCUACCCAUGCUCCUCCUCAAAGGACAAGGGAAGAUGACCGUCAGGACAAUAGGAGGCGGGAUGAUCGACGUCCACCACUUCCACCUCAAGAACAUAAAGGUCUAGCAGAGCCUCCACGUCCUAUGCAGACAAAUGCAAAGCGAGAAAAGUCGGAUCGUUAUUGUCGAUUCCAUAAGGACAGAGGGCAUACUACGGAGGAAUGUGCACAACUCAAAGUAGCGAUUGAGAGGCUGAUCAAACAGGGCCAUUUAGGCGAAUACAUUGAUAAGCCUCGAAAUAAGCGCCGUGAUGAUCCUCCACGCCGAGAUAACAAUCGAGAUCAACAAAAAAGACGAGAGGAUGGGGGUCAUCGACACGACCCAGAUAAAAAUGAUAACCAACCUACUCGGGGAAUCAUCUCCUUUAUCUCCGGAGGACCGGCAGGUGGCGAUUCACAAAACGCAAGACGCACCCUCGCUCGAUCGGCACGUAUGAAUCAAGAAUGUGAUUCUCCAUCUGCACGUAUCUAUCAAAUACGAAGACCUGAUCAUAGCAUAGUCUUCAACUCCUCAGAUCUUGACGGCCCAGAUGAAGAUCAUAUCGAUGCGUUGGUAGUAACAACGGUGGUCAACUUCUUGGUUAAGAAGAUAUUGGUGGACGGUGGGAGCUCAGCCGACAUUAUGUACCUUCUCGCUUUUAAGCAGCUGGGCAUAGAUAAAGCCCGUUUUAGUCCCAUCUUCACGCCCCUGAAAGGAUUCACAGGAGAGGGCAUUUUGUCCAUGGGAGAAGUAGAGCUGCCCGUCUCUUUAGGGGAAGACCCUUGUCGAAUCACCAAGCUAAUCAAAUUCCUAAUUGUCGACAAGCCAUCUCCCUACAAUAUCAUCUUAGGGAGGCCAGCAAUCCAUACAUUCAAGUCCGUACCUUGCUCCUACCAUCAGAAGUGGAAAUUCCCUACUCCCUAUGGAAUGGGGGAAGUACUUGGAGAUAGACGUCUCGCCCGAGAGUGCUAUGCAAGGGCCUUACGAGAACCUUCCAAGAAGCCUAAACCAUCCAAAGGGGGAGACGACACCCAAAAAUCCGACAAACGGAAGUGGCUUAAGCUCAUAGAGAUCACACCUGGAGAUGAUUCCAAACUCCUACGUAUCGGAUCCGAUUUAGAUCCUGAGGUGGAGAAGCAAUUAGUCAAAUUCUUGCAGCACAAUGAAGACGUCCGAUCAAACAAAGGAAACGAACAGUCGGACCCGAACGCAACAAGCACAUCAAGGCAGAAGUGGUUGUCGAACGUAGUACUCGUUCCCAAACCCGGGGGAAAGUGGAGGUUAUGCGUGGAUUUCACUGAACUCAACAAAGCUUGCCCUAAGGACCCAUUUCCUUUACCUAGAAUCGACCAACUCAUCGAUUCAACUUCGGGAUGUGAGCUCCUCAGCUUCCUUGACGCUUAUCAAGGGUAUAACCAAAUCUUGCUCGCACCAGAAGAUCAAGAGAGGGCUAGCUUCGUCACAGACCAAGGCAUCUACUGCUAUCAAGUCAUGCCUUUCGGAUUAAAAAAUGUGGGAGCCACUUACCAACGUCUAGUGAACGCCAUAUUCGCAGAUCAGAUCGGUAAGAAUAUGGAGGUGUAUAUCGACGACAUGCUCGUCAAAAGUGUCAAGGUCUCGGACCACCUAACUGAUCUGGAUCAAUGUUUCGCCACCCUGUGA